GAAGAUCCAAUCUCGACGACCUAUUCUUCCCCUUUCGUUUCCGAAUUCUUUUUCGGCUUGUGUUUUCUGUUGCCAUGGAGAUUUACGGUAUUCGAUCUCAUGGUGUUUUCGUCUUUAGCUGCGAAUUCGUCCGUCGUUUUCGAUUUUUUUUGGCAGUAAAUUGUACUUGUGAACUCAAGCUAUUGUUCGUACUGUUUGAUUUUCCGAUUCUGGUUGAAAUCUAGAAGAUCCUUAACUGAUUCGUGAUCGGAUUUUGUUUGCAAUUCGGGUAGAAUCUAUAAGGGUUGGAAAGCACAAUAGAAAAGUCUGGGUUAAAUCGUAUAUAAUAUUACGAUUGUAUCCUUAUAGAAUCUUGUGGUACCGGGUUCGUGGCGUGAUCUGUUGCUGCGGAGUGAUGUAUUUCGGCAGAUUCUUUCGGUUUCGUUUGGAAUCCCGGGGAAUCAAACAAUGAAUCGUGGUGGAUCGAAGAAUGGGUUAAAUUUUGUGUUCUAAGAUCUGUUUAUUUUCCUGGUCGAUCGGAUAUGGUGGAAUUAUGUAAAGGGUUUGUGCGUGUAGAAGCAACUAGUAUGGUGACCGAGACAAGGGCUAAUGUGACAUUGGAGUGCUCUGAUGGUGUCGUGUUGGGUUUGGGAUGCGAUUCUUGACCUUACGGAGCCUGGAUAGACUCGGUCCUUGAUAUGAUCAGUUCACGUGUUUGAAGUAAAUGGUCUGUUUAUCGGGGUUUUCUCGUGGAGGGAAGAGGGCAUGCUGGUGAUAGGUCGGGAGAGCUUGGUUGAAUGGAUUUCGAGAAGAUUUUUACUUUGGAAUUGGUGUGUCGGAUUACGGAGGUAAUCUGGUGUGUGCCGUGUGGUGAAUGUUGGCAGGUAAUGGUGGGGUUGGUGUGAUUGUAUUGCUGGAGUUGGUGAUUAGGGCAUGGAUUCACGUAGCAUGAGCAGGAGUCGAAGUCGGAGCAGAAGCCCGAUAAAUCGGAGGAUGAGAUCUGAACGGUCUUCUUACCGUAAUGCUCCUUAUAGAAGGGAGUCACGUCGUCCUUUCAGCCAAGGGAAUCUCUGCAACAACUGCAAGCGACCAGGACAUUUCGCAAGAGACUGUCCUAAUGUUUCUGUAUGUAACAACUGCAGUCUUCCCGGGCACAUUGCAGCAGAAUGCACCGCCCAAGCCCGAUGCUGGAACUGUAGAGAACCGGGACAUGUUGCUAACAGCUGUCCUAACGAGGGAAUCUGUCACUCCUGCGGGAAAUCUGGACACCGAGCUAGAGACUGCCCUAACCCCGAGCCCCGUUCAGGAGACUCACGGCUUUGCAACAACUGCUUCAAGCUUGGUCAUCUAGCCGCCGACUGCACCAACGACAAAGCCUGCAAGAACUGUAGGAAAACCGGUCACAUAGCCCGUGACUGCCAUGAGCAGCCUGUCUGCAACAUCUGCAACAUCUCGGGCCACAUGGCAAGACAAUGCCCGAAAGGCGACGGUGACAGAGGAGGAGGCGGGUUCAGGAGCGGUGGAAUGAGCCGUGAUAUCGUGUGCAGGAACUGUCACCAGAUGGGUCACAUGGUUCGGGAUUGUGUGAGCCCUUUGAUAAUCUGUCACAACUGCGGCGGCCGCGGUCACAUGGCUUACGAGUGCCCGUCCGGUCGGAUCGCUGACCGCGGUUUCCGCCGGUACUGAAAACUCUUUCGAGUUCUCCAAGUUGGGGACUGAUAUUUCGCGAUCUUAAGAUUCAGUUCUGUUUUUGUCGGAGUUUUGAGCUUGAAACGUAUUUUGGGUUUUGCCUUGUGUUAUUUAUUUUUAUCUUGUUUUCUUUUGCUGUUUUUUCUUUGGUUCUUUUGAGAUGUUACUUGCGUUGUACGGUUCAUGUAUCAUAUAUAUAUAUAUAUAUAUGUUUGUCCU